AUGCCAUCCAACCUCACAAGUCAAACAGAUGUUUCUGCUGACAGACAUCUCGUUGCAAGAUUAACAGUUGAUUGGCAGGAAAAGGUGUUUGGCCCAGAUUCUUUGGCGGUCGAUUCAAGAACUAAUCCAACUGUUCGACGUCAUACAAAAUCACGUCGCAACAGACAGUUGCAAUCUGUUCAUGACUCUGGCGGUAUUGUGCUAUUCACAUAUAUUGAUCAGGAUAACUACAUCGACAUGGAAUGGAUAGAUACACCUGUGAUGACUGGUGUUCAAAUCCCUCUCAUCAAAUCUGCAAAUCAAAUACAAAAACUCAAUCAGGAUGGGAUCGCAGUUGAGCGAGCUGCAGAUAUAUACAGAAAUGAAUCUGGAAAUGUAAAUGAUUCAACUACAAUGCAAGGAAAUGGGCAAUGGAAAAAUGCAACCAGCGGUAUGACUUGUCAAACCAUGUAUAUUAUGGCAUCUAUUCCUCAUACUAGUCAACCAUCCAAAUCUGGCUUGGAUAGAUCCUUGACAUUGGAUUCCAAUAAUCAAGUCGUUCGCGUGGAAAAGUGUCUAUGUUCUAUUCGCUGUUACAGCUCAGGGCUGAUGGCCAUUUCACCGGGAUUUGUCAAGGAUGAAACAAGCCUCUAUAGUUUCCAAAUUGGCCAACAAACGUACGAGUAUACAGUAUCGGCUGUUUGUGGAGAAAUGACAAAAGAAGAAAUCAAGGAACAGGAUAUAUUUGAAGAGUUUCACUUGCAGAAUGCAAUGAAAAAAUUGGCUCUCAUAUCAAAACCAUUUGAUAAUCCAGUUGAAACAGGUUAUGCGCGAUUAUUAAUUUGUGGAGAGCUUAUUUCAGCAUCUGGAUUUGACGGCGAUUGGAUUUAUGCAGAAUACAACAUUGAUAUUGCAAAUGGAAUCAAGCUACAUUCAAAAUCAAGUACAAGUGGAACCUCUCAAGUGGCAGAAAUCAGAAAGGACACACACGCUAAUUUCUCACUUCCAUUCGAAGUGAUACUUGUUUAUAAUGUGGGCAGCACUGUUGUGUCGAAUCUAUUAAUCAAGGUGACAUCUGUGGAUUCAAAAGACAGACAUAUUAUUCAAGGUUAUGGCGCAAUGCCUAUUCCUGAUCAGCCAGGCUACUAUCAAGAAACACUGCCGACUUGGUGUCCAGAGCAGUCUCCUAUGCACAAAAUGAAGUCUUUCUUUCUUGGUGGGUCACCAGAACUUCAAGAUCUUAAAUACAUUCGCGAUACAGACAUCAAGUCCAAGGUUGUAAACAAGUAUGGUUUCAAAACCAGAACAAAUGUGCUACUAAGAGCUAGAGCAAGAUUGGAGGCACUCAAAGGAAUAACAAAACCAACUGCCAACAACAUGCACGAUUCUUGA